UUGUAUCCCACUCUUUCUCUGUCUCGUGUAUCUUCAUCUCUCGCGUUCGUUAUCCCAAUCCGAUCCGCAGCAUCCCUGAUCCAACCUUUACUCAUACGAACCAGUUUACAUACGUGGAGUUUUGUCGCUAGUCCUUCAAUGCGCAUAAUUACGAAUGAUUUACUUAAUAUACCUACAUUGCAAGUAGGUACGCAAUUCGCAAUAUAACCAGCAUAAUGAUAUCAUAUCAUAUAAGUGAAUAAAUCGAACAGUUUUUUUUUCACCAUUAACGCGAGUGCAGAGGGGAGUAUCUCUACCUAUAGCCUAUCUUCAAGUUCUCAGCUUUCGAUUCGUAUCGUUUCGAUUCGAUUUCAGCCGAAAACCAUCGACUUGCGAAUAGUCUGGUCGCGUUAUUUCCUUAUCAAUAAUUUACAAGUGCGUGUAUCUCGUACGUGGGUAAAAUUGUACGUAUACGUAGACGUACGAUGUAAGCUCAUCGUCGAAUAUUAUACUUGUGCCUGUGUAUCGACAUCGACGUCGACGUGUAUUGUGUACAUCGUGUAAAUCGACUUCUUCCCUCGUAAAAAUAGUCGAUAUACUUGAACAAUAUGAUUAAAAAUUCCAUAUUUAGCGAAGGUAUCGCCAAUACCUGCUCCGAUAACCGAACUGUAAUAUCGUCGAGUGUCGCGGUGAUCGCCGACAACGAGAUGGCUGUUAGUAAAAAUAAUCACGUGUCUCAGCAGAUUUACAAGAGAAACGAACAGAUCAGCGAAGCAGUCAGCAAAGUACUAGAAGGAUACGAUUGGACGACCGUGCAACAAACGUGCAAAUCGGCGAAUGUGAAAAAAGAGAGCCAUGUUAAGAGACCGAUGAACGCAUUCAUGGUUUGGGCACAAGCAGCCAGAAAACAAUUAGCAGAUCAACAUCCUCAACUGCAUAAUGCCGAAUUGAGUAAAACGUUGGGAAAACUUUGGAGAAAACUCAGCGAGGCGGAUAAGAAACCAUUCAUGCAGGAGGCUGAACGAUUACGAAAUAUACAUAAAAAAGAAUACCCCAAUUACAAAUACCAACCAAGGAGGAGGAAGCCACCGAAGGUGAAGAGCGUUUCGGCAAAAUCAGCGAAACUUACUGCAUCUCCUUGCGACGAUUCCAAACAAAUAUCACCUUCGCCCAAAGACGACGCCGUUUACUUCAGCGAAGGAUCGUCGAACAGCGACUUGAUGAGCUACCCGGCUAGCAACGCCUCAUCCACCAUGCAACGUCAAUCACCACCCGUUUCCGUCACCGAAUCGCCUGCUAAUCAGUUUUUAAACACUUUCAGCGAAUCGAUUCCAGUUCAAAAUUAUCCUCAGACAGAACCACAAGAACUCAGCCGAGAAUUUGACCGAUUAGACCAGUCCUCCGAUACCGUGCACAACCUAACCGAUCAAAUGGAUAUCGAAAUGGAAGAACAGUUGAGCCAGUUAGAUCAGUAUUUGCAAUACCCAUUUUCUUCUUCAUCUAACUGCUCACCUUGGAGUACUCCUCAAACAUCCAACACGUUAAACGACACAACCACCAACGUCAACGUCAUACCGAAUCCGAGUCCUUUCAAUCUACCUCCUCCUUCUUCUAAGGAUCACUAUCAUCACCACAACUACGGUUGCUUCAAGCCGGAAAAAUGUCACGAUCAUUACGAUAAAUCGCUUCUAUACCCGAGCUACUUGACACCUCCUCAGGCACCGACUCAGCAACAACCACCCAGUUACCAUCAUCAUCAACCUUUAUGGCAGAAUCAAUUCCAAUAUUAUCCCACUUAUCAGCAAUACAUACCAUCGCGGGAUGCCGAAAAGAGCUACGCUUGCAGUAAUAUUUAAAUUCGACCCGAACAUCUUCACCAUUCGCCAUAAGUACGAAAAAAAAUUCGCAUACUUGAUUCGUCCAAAAAAAAAAAAAAAAACGUAUAUUUCCAAAGAUCUGUCGUACCUAUCUACUUCUUUUGCAUAUUAUACGUUUUUAGACGAGUAAUUUUAACAACUUGUCUCGAAAAAAAAUUAUUUUUCUCAUUUUUUUUUGUGUAAAAAUUUUGAAAAGAAAAAUUUUAUAUUUUUAUUAAAAAUUUUCGUACAAAAAAACCGUAUAUCUAGUAACUUUUUUUCUGCCAUUUUUAUUACUUAUUUACCCGAUUUAGUAUCUCUUUCGUUGAUACAAUAUUUUUUCUUUUGUACUUUUUUAUACACGAAUCGUCGUCGUUUUUGAAAAUUUCUAAAGCCAAUAAGGCUGUUUUCCUCUAUAUAUAUUCGAUUAAAGGGUACGAUAAAAGUAUCGAAGGGUAAAAUAGAUUUUAAAAAAUGGGAGUUUGCAUUUGAAAAAAGAGCCAACACGGCUAAAUACCUAUUAUCUAUACUUAGUUCUAUUUGUUUUUAUUUUAUUAUUACACGUGUAUAAAGUGUUUUUGGAGCUUAUACUUAAUUGUAUUUUUGUAUAGGUACUUUUUAAAGUACAUUUAUAAAGGUACACAACUUACCUAUUAUUUUAAUUCCUAGUAAGAUAUUUUACAUUAUGUAUAAAGCCAUCAUGGCUAUAAUUUUUUAAGUCAGUCCAUAUUAGUCAUCAAUAUACCAAGGUUGUACGAGCGUAUUAUCGAAAUGGUAGCUUAAAAUUGAACCACAAAAACAAUAAAAAUCAACUCGUCGAUUGUUGAUGUACGAUUUUUGCUGUUUUUAGUCAAUGAGAGAAACUAUUUCGAUACACUAUGCGAGUACACCGAGUGAUGUAGUCCAUCCAGAAAAAAAAUCUCGAAUGUAAAGUACAUAUUACCAACGUAAUAAAAUUUUCAUUCGUA